AUGAACAACACAAUUGAAGAUGGAAUCAAGCCACAGCCGGUUUAUGCUGUGAUCCAUGGCUGUUUUUUGGCACUGGGUCUGCCUCUCAAUGCGGUUUCACUGUGGAUUCUGCUGAGACACCACGGCCUCAAAUCGCCCAGUGCCGUCUUCAUGGUCAACCUGGCCAUCUCUGACCUGCUGCUCGUCAUCUCCUUACCCAUGAGGGUCUACUUUUACGCCACGGGCACCUGGCCACUGAGCAAAGAGGCAUGCGUCUGGAUAAUAUCGCUCUAUUGCAACAACAUCCGCUCCAGCGCCAUCUUCAUCACCUUCAUCAGCGUGGACCGGCUGCUGGCUGUGGUUUAUCCUCUGAGGUCGCGCCAUCUUCGAACCGCUUCCAACGCCUUGAAAGCUGCUGGACUCGUUUGGGUGUUUAUCGUGGUGAUGAACAUCCCAGAGAGAGUUGAAUUUUCAAGAUUUUUAGAGAACUUCAAUAGAUCCGCCUGUUUUGAAUAUCCCCGUCAGAGUCACCAUCCGCAUCAUCAUAUAUUAGCUGUGACUUAUUUUCAGUCUGUGUUAGUGCUCACCAUGCUGGCAGUCAACAUCGUGUGCACCACUUUGGUGUCUUGGACUCUACGCAGUCAUCUGAAUAACUCUGCAAGGGUCAACAACAAAGUGAAUGUCAUGCUAAUUUUUGUCAUGAACUUGGUUAUUGUUACCAUAUGUUUCUUGCCGAUGUCGAUUGGUAUCUUAGGAUUUGGGGUACCUACGCGUAGAGCUUUAGUAUGUCUUGCUACUGUGAACUGCUGUCUGGAUCCACUGUUGUAUUACUUCUCUCUGGAUGCCUUCUGGAAGAAAAAAGAGGAUACAGAUCUUCCAAGAGAACAGUAGA